CGCCGUCGUGUCCUUUUUAGACAAGCGUCAGCUUUGUAGGCUCUCCUCUCCAGUUUUGAUCAAUCGGCAAACAGGCUGCCUGCCUCUUUUAACGUGGACAACAGCAAGAACAGGGGCUCAGGGCUUUAACUCGCAUCGAGAUAACUGCAACAUCAUGCCUGGACCAGCAGCAAGUGCAACCAAUGUGGGGGCGUCUGGCCGUUCCCCCAGCAAGACAGUGGCUCCCCGUGCAGCAGGAGCCACAGUCAGACAAAGAAAAGCCACCAGCAGUGGCACACGCAGCGGCGGCAGGACCACGGGGUCGGCGGGGACUGGCGGCAUGUGGCGCUUCUACACUGAAGACUCACCAGGCCUCAAAGUCGGUCCAGUGCCAGUCCUGGUGAUGAGUCUGCUCUUCAUCGCAUCGGUCUUCAUGCUGCACAUCUGGGGAAAGUACACACGCUCCUAAAGGCCCGUCCGACGACCUCUGACCCUGCGCCUCGCCUUCUUAACUCUUUUGGACCUGGACCAAACGGCAAAUGAGCAACAACUUUACACCCAGUUUCCCCGUCAACAAUCACUACAACACUUGAAUUGGAUUUUUGUGACCACGUUGGGGCAAGAUCUUCAUCUGAAUCUGACUCUGGUAAACAUCCUGUUGCUCCUUCCCUUCUCCCCGUUUCACAUCUGACCGUGUGAAUGGGAGGAAGUCCUGCAAAACUCACCUCAGACGGGACAUCAUCCCCUCCUCCAGCCCACAGCAACAUGUGAUCCCUCCACUGCCGCACAAAACGUGACUGCAGCAUCCAGGAACGUUGCUCUUUUCAGGCCUCCAGCAAACAUUUCUCCUUGUAGCCUGAAUAGCUUUUUUUUGUUAACAGCAUUUGUACAAAAUGUAAUUGUAUUAAUGUACAAUAAAAAGUGUUUAAAA